AUGGCAGCUCCAAUGGACCAGCGCAUCGCCGUUCCCAUCGACGACCCCAACGCCGACACAGAAUGGAAUGAAAUACUCCGCAAACACAAAAUCAUCCCCGAAAAGCCACCCUCCCCCACCCCCAUGAUCCAAGAAGCCAUCCUCGAAGCCCGCCGCCUCGCCCACGAAAACCGCCUCGAAGGCAAAGACCUCUCGGACCUCGACUCUCUCGAAGACGAAGAAGACGAAGAUUUCCUUGAAUCCUACCGCCAGAAACGCCUCCAGGAGCUCUCGGCCCUCUCCAGAAAGUCCAUCCACGGCUCUGUCUACCCCCUAUCCAAGCCAGACUAUCAACGCGACGUAACCGAAGCCUCUAACAACGGCCCCGUCUUCGUCCACCUCGCCUCCUCCCUCUCCACCAACGUCGAGUCCCGCGUUCUGGGCCAACUGUGGCGUCAGGCAGCAGAGGAAUACGGUGACACCAAGUUCUGCGAGAUGCCCGCUAACCGAGCGAUCGAGGGGUACCCAGAGAAGAACUGCCCUACCAUCUUGGUUUACAAAAAUGGGGAUAUUGUCAAGCAGAUUGUCACGCUUAUGACGGUGGGUGGGCCAAGGAUGAGCAUGCUCGAGUUGGAUAACCUAUUGGUUGAAGUGGGGGCAGUGAAGGAGAAUGACAUGCGGGUGUUGAAGCGGAGGAGGGAGGCGGAAGAUGCCGAGGAGGAGAGGAUUGUCAACAAGGGGAUCAAGAGCAGUUCUGAUAGGAGGAAACAGGACGAUGAUGACGAUGAUUGGGACUGA